CAAUCAUCUCUAGUCUUUCUGGAAAGGUCCACAGCUUAGAAGAGAAGAGGUGGUGAGAUAGAGAGUUAGAGACGUUUAUGGGUUUUCACUACGCCGGCGUAUCUCUGAAAUUUGUCGAUCUCUCGUUUCACCGCUUUAAGCCCAGUGUUUAGCGAACGGUGGAGCUUUUCGCAUCGGAAAUGGACUUACAAGUUGAUCUCAAUGUACUCAGGGAGCAAAGGGAAAAAUUCGAAAAAGAUCUCUACUACGAUGCCAUUGAAACCCUCAUUGGGGAACUCGACCAGGAUGAAGUUAAUAAGAUAACUGCGAUGAACAAUUUGAAUCUCAAGAUCCAGACAAUGCUCUCGAUAAUUCAACACCAGUCUGACACAGUGAAGCAGAGAGAUUUGUUAAAUAAGUUCAAGGAUUUUUUGCACAAGGACUACUACUGGCUUUACGAUCUUUUUAAACAAAACAAGAAUAGCAGUUAUGUAAGGGAUGUUUUAAGUGUUGGAGGUGUUCCGGUAUUGCCAGAAAGAAAUGUGUCAAGGACUGAAAUUCUGACAAAAGUCAGGAGUAGCAUAGUAAGCUUGGCCAAAUCAGACCGGAGGUUUUUGGUCCUCCAUGGUUUGAUAGGAUGUGGAAAGAGCAGCCUUGCAACAGAAGCUCUCUAUGAUUCAUCACUAUUGAGCCAUUUCUCAGACGGUGUUUAUUGGGUGAUGGUAGGAUCUGAUGGCAAAGAUAAAAUUAGAUCUCUUCAAGAAGAAUUAAAUGUAAGACUGAAAGAACAUGACCCAGAUCUUUCUGCAAAUUCAAAAAUUGCUUUAAUCCAACUCAGGCAACGAUACUUAGAAACAAAACCAAACUGUCUGAUUAUACUAGAUGAUGUACAUAGUGAGGAUGUAGUUAAGUUUUUGGAUGUUGGUGUCAACUUCAUCAUUACAACGCGGGACAUGAACGUCAUUAAAGACAAUAGAUCAAUAAGCAAUUUUAUAAAAGUCCCUGAUCACUUUACACAGGCAGAAAGCCUUCAAUUGUUUGCCAUGAGUCUAAAUGUAAGGAAGGAUGAUUUGCCCAAUGUUCCAGUCAGAACUAUUCUCAAGUUGUGUAAAGGCCUACCAAUCAAUGUUGCUGUGAUCAGUGCAGAAUUGGCCGACCAUCAGGAAGACUUAAGAACAGAUUCUUCUGAAAGAUGGUCACACUAUAUAAAUAUAUUGCAAACUAAUAGAAGGAAUCUAAAUGAAUACUCGUACCAGUAUAUAAAUAAAGCUAUCAGCUUGGCUGUAGAAAAUCUUUCAGACAGGUUGAAAAAAUGUUUUUAUCAUUUUGUGGUAUUCCGAGAGGAUGUAAACCUUCGGCCAGAGGUUUUAGCAACAGUUUGGGGAAUUAGCAAAAUAAGAGCAGAAAAUAUAAUGACAGAGUUUGUUAAAAAAUCACUUUUGGGUAGAUAUUGGAAUAAAACGCUAUCCAGUUACGUUUACGGUGUUCAUGACCUGUUCCUUGACUAUCUCAGGACUGUUCUACCUCAGGAUACAAUCAAGUCAUAUCACAGGAAUCUGCUAGAAAGUUACAAAUUCCAUUUCCCUGACUGGACGUCAAAACUACCAAAGAAUGACAACUACAUCUACUACUACCUUGGCUAUCAUCUCAUGGCAGCAGACCUCAAGCAGCAUUUUACAUUAAUUUACACUGAUCUAGAAUUUCUAGAAGCUAAGCUGCAGGCAGUGGAACCUUUUGACUUAAUAUUAGACUUCAGUCGUUACAGUGACCAGAUUGAAAAUGGAAUGAACAAAAUGGAGAUCAAAGCUUUGAAAGAAUUCAUUGAACAGUACGGUCCUGCCAUCCACAAAGGAAUGGACAUAGCACAGCUUGCCUUACAGGAAUCGCCUGAUAGUUAUGUCCACAAAAUGGGAAAGGUUUUAGCCAAGAAGAGAAAUAAGACAGAUAAAAAAUGUUAUAUAGAGUUUCCACAUCAUCAAAUUGAAAAGGGGGAUUGGAUUCCUCGAGUGAUAAACAUGAGGGAUAAAAAGGUAACCGCUGUCUGUUUUGCACACAGUACCCACAUUGUUAUUGCCAUGAAAGGAGGAUAUCUAGAGCUCUGGAAUAUGAAAUGCAUCCGGCUGAGGAAUUUUGUGGGCCACUUGGGUGACAUUACAUACAUCACAACAAACAAUGAACAAACCAGGCUUUUCUCCUGCUCCAAAGAUAAAACAAUAAGAGUGUGGAACCUGGAAUUAGACAAAAACAUAGAGGAAAACUAUGAUUUGUCGCCUGAAAGGACUCAGUUGUCUUACUAUGACUUUUGGCCUUCUGUCACCAAAGGUGUUGAUGCUAUCAAAGAAAUUGAGUUCCCAAGACCAGCUAUAUGGGUUGCUCACUACUACAAUAAAAUAUCUGCCAUUUGUUGCAACGACAGUGAAAAAUCUACUGAACUUCAUUUAUACAAUAAUUAUCGCCAUUUCGAAACAUUUGAAUUUCCGGGAUUACGGGUGUGUGAAUUCAGUGGAGACGGCCAGUUCAUAAUCGCUGGUGGUGACUCAGGCGUACAUAUCAUCAGCUUGGACGACUUAAGUGUGAAAACACCGAUUAAUCAUCCUACCAUUGGACUUUCCAUUCUUCACAAUGGAACAAUGGGUGGCCUGGUGACUGUCUCAAGGGACAGGGUGGAUUUUUGGGGUGAUCAGACAAUCGCCGCUUUUGAAAAACAUCACUUUGAGAAAAAAAUAGAAGAGCAAGGUGCCAAGUAUUCACUCUUUCACAUCGGUCACCAUAUUGCUCUUGUGACAGAAAAAAAUGACAUAUUGAUCCUCGACAGUGACACCGGUUGCACAUUGCAGUUCAUAAGUGGGAGCAAUAUAGAAAAAAUUACAGCCAUCGCUGUGAAGAAAGGGAUGCUAUUGACUGCAUUUUCAGACAAUAGAGUAGAGAUAAAACCAAUUGAAAUUGUGGAUGUUCCAAUAUCCAAAAUAUUCUGGCCUUCAUCACAGAACUUUCCCAUCGUUACCAAAGUUGAAAAGGCAGUUAAGAUAAAGGUCGUAUGUGAUAACAGAACAAAAUAUUGUUAUACUGCAAAGGACCCAGUGAAUAAUUUAGCAUCAACAUGUCCGGUAGAAGAUGAAAUUCAUAUCGUUUACUCGACCAGCUGGGGUGAAGUGUGCUUAAUUAACACAAAGUUGCAAGAAGUUUGUAAACUUGAUGAUUUCAAAUUCACAUGUCCAACGACCAUAUUGAAAUUAUUUCAACAUGAAGAUAAACGCCUGGUUGCUGCUUCUACCACUCAGGAUCAUCUUAUGGUUUUAGAUAUAACUAAAACUCCACAUAAGAUGUAUAUAUUUGGCAAAGAUGUUAAAGGUAUAACUUCUUGUUAUUUGACCUGUACUGGGGAAAUAAUUUUCUCAACGAAAGAUUCAGUUCAGGUUUGGGACCUAGGCACUUGCAACUCUUUAUACGUGUUAGAAGAUGCAAAACUAAUUGCUAUACACGAAGGAAAAAGCUUAAUUCUUAUAUCUCAAGAUAUGAAAAUUUCGCUACGUAAAUCAUCGACUGAUGAAGAAAUUUGGAAAUACAGCAUAAACUGUGAUCUGGCCUCAUUCUCACCGGAUGGACAGAUACUGGCCUUAGUUUCUAGAAGGCAACUACUUGUUGUAGACAUAUUAUGCUUGAGCCCUCAUGUUUACGAACUGCCAAAUUUCAUGAGGUGCCAUUCUUAUAACAGCCUCGCAGUGACAGACAGCAGAAUUGCUUGCAUAUCAACGAAUCAACCCUGUAUCUUCAUCGCAUCUCCAAACGGACCAUUGGCAUCUGCUGCAGUUCAAUUAUCUAGUCUCAUAGCGUUCAACGACUCUUUUGCUGCAAUUGAUAAAAGCGGUACGUUGCACAUGUUGCAGCUUGUUGAUUUCAAUGACACACCAUAAAAGGAAUGUAGUUUUAAUUAAUAAGACAUUUUAUAAAUAUUUAUUUAAAGACAUCAGCAAAAAAAAUCAACUAAUCAAUAUUUAAAUUUUAAAUUUUUUUUAAAUUUUUGACUUAUUUUAAAUUUAAAUAUUUAACAUUCUUUAUUGCUUUUUUUGUUUUUAUAUUAAGUUUGUUAUUGUCUUUUUGUAGUAACUACUUUGCUUUUAAUUUUGUAGUAAGUUGAUCCUUUUUGAUUCUAUAAUAAGUACCCUCAAUGAGCGAUGCAAUCUCCAAAAUGUUACCAGGGGACCCAAUUUAUAAAAAUAUUUUACGAUUUCAAAGAUUUUAGGACUUAAUAUUAAAAAAUUAUUGAACUAAUUUGCUGGGGGGAGGGAGGAAUUAAUAGGGUAAAAAUUAAUAUUUUCGUUCGAAUUCCAAAGAUAGACAGAAAACAAUAACUUCUACCAGGAUUUGAUCGGAGCAAGUAGUCAAAAGAAAAAUGCUGAACGAACACAGCACAUUAUGAAAAAGUGAAAAAAAGUGCCAGGUGGUCUAUUAUGGCAUAGCAUGUGCACUAAAUGUGUUAAAUGUUUCAUUAAUUAAAAAAGCAUUUGAAUAAAUAAGUCCUAAGGCUUGCUGUGCAAUGUUUUAAUUUCUUUAAUAGUUUGCUAGAGUAUUUUUUUAACAUAUUAUUUUAAUUGAUAAAUUAUCACAGUUUAUCCAUAUAAAUUUGCUCAAUUAAAAUUUUUUUUAAAUUUACGUUUUUUAAAUUUUUAAUAAAUAUAGUUAUUAAAGCCAAACAAAUUUGUGACAUUUGACCAGUUGAUUUAAUGGUGUAUUUUUAAAAAAUUUGAGAAUGUGAUUCUAGUUUAAUCCGUCCUUAUAGGGGGGAACAAACAUUUUUUAUGUUUUUUAAAUGUAAUUUAUAUCAACAUUAGUGAUUUGUAAAAAAAUUGUUAUAC